UGUCUGCAUGCUGGCAAUGAAGGUGUGGCUUGCUGCUGCUCUUUCCGCUCUCCUCUCGGUUGCCAGCGGAGAGCGGCCGGUGGACUGUCGAUGGGGUCCCUAUGGAGACUGGUCAGAGUGCGACGGAUGCUCUAAGACACAGACACGGACUCGCCCGGUGCAGGUGUUCGCCCAGUUUGGGGGACUCCCCUGUUCAGGGGAGCCGGCUCAGACACGAGGGUGUGUCCCCACCAGAGGAUGUCCCCUAGAUGCAGGCUGUGGAGACAGGUUUCGCUGCUUCUCAGGUCAGUGCAUCAAUGCGGCGCUGGUGUGUAACGGAGAUCAGGACUGUGAGGAGGACGGCUUUGAUGAGCAGAAGUGUGAGGAGUCCAGCAGCACCAACGUGUGUGACGACCACAGAGUCCCACCCAACAUAGAGCUGACCGGCCUAGGCUUCGACGUGCUGACUGGGACGUUGAGGAGUGCAGUGAUCAACACUAAGAGCUUUGGCGGUCAGUGCAGGAAGGUGUUCAGCGGAGACCACAGGACCUUCUACAGACUGCCUCACAGCCUGCUGAGAUACAGCUUCCAGGUCACAGUGGACGACGACUUCAGCGAUGACUUCUACAACAGCUCCUGGUCCUACAUGAAACACACUGAAAACAAAGAGCACUUCAAAGGGGGACACAAUUACCGCACCUUUCAUAACCAGCUGACCAGUGAAAAGGCCUACAGGCUGCUGAUCCUCAGGAGAGGGGUGGAGGUGGCACAGUUCCAGAAUAGUCCUCCAGAGUACCUGUCGCUGUCGGAGGAGUUCUGGAAGGCGCUGUCCGCUCUCCCGGUCACGUACGACUCCGCUGCCUACCGCUCACUCAUCAAGAAGUACGGCACCCACUUCCUGUCUGAGGGGUCGCUAGGGGGGCAGUAUGAGGCCCUGCUGGAGUUCGAGGCGGAAUCUAUGAGUGAAACAAGUUUGACUCAUAUCGACUACCAAAAAUGUGUGACCAAAGUCAAACGUAUACUGUUCUGGAAAAAGACGAAGACGACUUGUGACAAACUGCUUCAGGAUCUCAAGGACAGCAAAGGAUCCAGCAGCAGCAGGGCCCCGGUGAAGACGGAUGUUAUUGGAGGAGACCCCGCGUACGUUGCUGGCCUGAGCUCCCUGGAUGUGGAAAAUCCCACUGCAAACAACGACAUGUUCUCCAAAUGGGCGGGGUCUGUGAAAAACUUCCCCCGUGUCAUCAAACAGAAGGUGAGGCCGCUGCACGAGCUGGUGAAAGAGGUUGCGUGUGCCAGCGUGAAGAAGGUGCACCUGAAACGAGCGCUGGAGGCGUACCUGGACGAGGAUCACACCUGCCACUGCCAGCCCUGCCACAACAACGGCCACGCCCAGCUCAGGGGAACCACCUGCACCUGCGUCUGCCCUCCCGGCACCUCAGGGCCCGCCUGCCAGCACGGGACUGUCCUGGAGGGACAGCCAGGGGUGAUCCAUGGAGGCUGGAGCUGCUGGUCUGCGUGGAGUUCCUGUUCUGGAGGUCAAAGGUCACGGUCACGCAGCUGCAUCAACCCGCCGCCCAGGAUGGGGGGGCGGCACUGCAGCGGGGAGCCCAGCUCCCAUCAGCCCUGCGAGGACCCGGAGCUGCAGCACCUGCGAACCAUGGAGCCUCACUGCUUCGACUCGUCCCUCACCCCAGCCACGGCCUGCCGCACUCCGCCCCCCCUGAGGAACGGCUUUGUGCUGGACCCCAAAGACGUGUAUCCAGUGGGCAGUAAGGUCGUGUACUCCUGCAUCGAAGGGCACUAUAUCAUUGGAGAUGCUGUGGCGGAGUGCACCGAGGAGCAGAACUGGCGGAGACAGGCCAUGGAGUGCAAGAGCACAGAGUGUGGGGCUCCGCCUCUCCCACCUGACAUCACAGCCACCCCCUGGAAGCUGACCUAUCAGAUUGGAGAGAAGGUUUCCCUAUCCUGCCCGCCUGGAUUGCAGCGAGAGGGCGUGUCUGAGAUCACAUGUGACUCCAGUCUCAACUGGUCCCCAUCUCCAAGUAACACAAAGUGCCAAGCGAUGCCGACAGCACCAGCGGAGGGCCCAGGCGUGCAGUGCAGGCCGUGGGAGAAGCGGGUGAAGGACCACUGUGUGUGCAGGAUGCCCUAUGAGUGCGGCUCGUCCCUCGAGGUGUGCGUGAUGGACAGCGAGCGUGGUCGUGCGGUCAGACUGAGCGCGUGCAAAGUCCAUGCCUUGAAGUGCCUGGGGCGGAGUUACACCAUGACUGAGGAUAGCGCCUGUGAUUGGCCGAGGCACGAGGCCACACCCUGCACAGCCUGUCAGCUGUGGGAGAAGUGUGACGAGCGGACACGCGUGUGCGUGUGCAGGGAGCAGGGAGAAUGCAUCGAGCCCGGUGCCCUCCUGUGUGCCAAGCCUGGGGAGGGCGCCAUCGCCGUGACGAUGACAGAGUGUGAGGCGGGGCUCCGGAGGUGCAGGGGGGCCCACAUCUCCAUCCUGUCCCUUCAACCCUGUCCUGAGUAAAUACCCCUCCCCACAGUAAAUACCCCUGUCCUGACUAAAUACCCCUGCCCUGAUAAAUACCUCUGCCUGCAGUAAAUACCCCUGACUGGAGGAAAUAACCCUGUCCUGAGUAAAUACCCCUGUCCUCAGUAAAUGCCCCUGACUGGAGUAAAUACCCCUGUCCUGAGUAAAUACCCCUGACUGGAGUAAAUACCCCUGACCGGACUAAAUACCCCUGUCCUGAGUAAAUACCCCUGCCUGCAGUAAAUACCCCUGACUGGAGUAAAUACCCCUCUUUCUGCACUGCUUUUUAAUGUACAUAGAGAAUAUACCAGUCACGCUCUCAGGUAAAAAAGGCUUUUCAGCAGAAGUGUAACAGACAGAGGGCCAGUGUGCACACUCAUGGGCCAGUGUGCACACUCAUGGGCCAGCGUGCACACUCAUGGGCCAGCGUGCACACUCAUGGGCCAGCGUGCACACUCAUGGGCCAGCGUGCACACUCAUGGCAGAAGGAACAGCAGCAGUUCUCAUUAGACUGUAACAUAGUGUUAUAGUUUAUCAUAAGUUUAUACGCUAUGAUUUAUACUAUAAUUAUAGUAAAUUUUAUGAUUAUUUUGUUUUAAUCACUGUCAUUUGGGUUGUCUAUCAAGCCUCAAAGUUUACGUUAAAAUUGAAAUCUUACAUGACAUAGCACACCUCAUCCAUUCUGCUGAGUAGAAACAUCUGAAGACACAGCUCUUCCGCUCUCACCUGAGCACC